UCGGUUUGGCCCACAGAGUUCUUGACUUACUGGUGACUGAGCUGUUCUUGGCGUGCGGCGGCAAACACAGAAGGACUCAGGUCUAGAGCAGGCGCCGAGCAGUCGAGAUGGCUGACGACGCGCCAGCAAAGCCGACGGAGGAGGCCCCCAAGGCCGAGGCUCCUAAGGCCGAGCCGGCCAAGGAGGCCGCCGCUCCGGAGCCAGCAAAGGAGACUCCCAAGAAAUCGUGGGCGGACGAGGCGGAGGAGGAGGACGGGCCGCCGCCCGGCUUCGAUGACAUCGUCAAGGCAGUGGCCGCCACCAAGGUGGAGGAGGCGGUGGAUGAGCCGGACCUGUCCCUGAAGAGCGAGGGGCUGCGGGAGCGGCCAGAGGCGGAGAUCACCACCAAAACCGAGGGUGACUCCAUCUACGCCAGCGCACACAAGUUCGAGGAGCUGCCCCUCAGCCCCGAGCUGCUCAAGGGCCUGUACGUGGAGAUGAAGUUCGAGCGGCCCAGCAAGGUGCAGGCGCUCACGCUGCCCAUGAUCCUCACGCCGCCGCACAGGGACCUCAUCGCGCAGGCGCACAACGGCUCCGGCAAGACCACGUGCUUCGUGCUGUCCAUGUUGUCCCGUGUGGACCCCUCCAAGCAGCUGACUCAGGCGCUGUGCAUCUGCCCCACCCGCGAGCUGGUGGUGCAGAACCUGUCCGUACUGCGCCGCAUGGCCAAGUACACUAACAUCACCUCCACCUCCACCGCCAGCGAGCUGGAGGUGGGCGGCUCCGGCCUGCGGAGAGACCCCAUCAACGAGAUGGUGGUGGUGGGCACGCACGGCAAGCUGAAGAACUGGGUCCAGAAGCGGCUGCUGGACCUGGACGGCGUGGCCAUCCUGGUGUUCGACGAGGCGGACGAGAUGCUCAAGGCGGACGGCUUCGCAGACGACUCGGUGCGGCUGAUCAAGAUGAUCCGCAAGAAGAACCCGCGCGUGCAGCUGCUGCUGUUCAGCGCCACCUUCAACGACAUCGUGAAGCGCUUCGCGGUCAGCAUCGCGCCGCAGGCCAACCAGGUGUUUGUGGCCAAGGAGCAGCUGUCUCUAGACGUGAUCGCGCAGUACAACGUGCGCUGCCCGGACCGGCAGGGCAAGACGCGGGUGCUCAAGGAGAUGAUCUUCCCCAACUGCGAGCGGCUGGGGCAGACCAUGAUCUUCGUGCGCACACGCGACUCGGCCAAGUCCCUCCACGCCGAGAUGGAGCGCGACGGCUACAAGUGCACCUCCAUCACGGGAGACAUGCAGCCCACCGACCGCGACCGCGUGGUGCAGGAGUUCCGGGACGGCACCACCAAGAUCCUCAUCAGCACAGACGUGCUGUCGCGCGGCUUCGACGUCAGCCAGGUGACGCUGGUGAUCAACUACGACGUGCCUGUGGAGCGCGACGGCGUCACGCCAGCCUACGAGACCUACCUGCACCGCAUCGGCCGCUCGGGCAGGUUCGGGCGCAAGGGAGCCGCCUUCAACCUCAUCUGCACAGGCCAGGACAACGACGUGAUGACGCGGAUCAGCACCUAUUUCAAGAAGACAAUUGAAGAGAUCAAGUGGGAUGACGAGGACGAGUUCAUCAAGGUGCUGGACAAGACGCUGUGAGGAGAUCAAGACACGAGAUGCAGAGGAGCAAAGAGUUUAGGAGGAGCAGGAGGAGGAGGAAUUGACGUGGUCGUGAAGGAGGAGGAGCAGCAGCAGGAGGAGGAGGAGGAGGAGGAGGAGGAGAAGGAGGGCGAGUGGCCGCAGCCUUGGUGAAGGCUGGGGAAGAUGAGUCAGUGGCGGUCUGAUGCAUGCAGUACUGUAUGUGCUGGGGGGGAGCAGGGCCGCGACCACCGCAACGACGACGGAUGUUGAUGCGUUGGUAGCAUUGUGCAUGUGGGCGUGAUGACCUGGCAUUGGGCGACUGCGGUGGUGAUGAGACUACCGGACUCGGUUAGUUUCCAAGGAGGAGCGCGCUUACGGACUGGGUAUGAGGUUGUGACGAGUUACUGGGGCCGAGGCACGCAGCCUCGGGCCAGGAUGGAGGGGUGCAGGGCGCUCGGGGUGCGGGGCUAGGGCGCUUGGUGAUGCCGUGUGUGUGGUGCCCACGUGUUGGAGCAAACGGAUUGGCAUGUGAAGGAGCGGGCGUGGUGGAGCGGAGCGGUGCAGAAUGCUGUGGGCGCAAGGGCCACGGGUGCACAGCCGCGGGGGUGGCCACUGGCCAGCAGGGCUGCGGUCCCGCAGUGAGUCUUGUCGGGUUGCUGAACUAGUAAGGAACUUGUCAGGGGUGCGGCGCCUGCUGUAACGAAGCUCAAGG